UAUGAUAAAAUGCAUCUGUCGCCAAGUUGAAAAUAACUUUUUUGUAUGUUUUUUUUUUUCAGAUAACACUACGCCAGAUAAUCAAAUCUGGCACUUCAAGUGGAUCCAGCGAUACAAGACACAACCAAAAGUUGACAUCUUAUUACACACCUCUGUUGAAAACUGCAAACUAAUUCUACAUUUGCAGAACAGCUCCAAAAUUACCUAUAACAUUUCCUUUCUCAAAAACGUUAUUCAGAGUUCUUCUAUGCAUGUGGGGGAAGAAAAAAUAUUUAACUUGGAAAAAAGUAAGAUCAGUUCAGUUACAGGAGAAUGGUGGGUAGCUGAUGUGACAAAAUACUUGACUGACUGGCUGCUGGACUUUUCAGAGUUUUCAGUGGAAUUUGGAAUAAGCAGCCCACGAGAAGGCACAAUAUACAUCGGUCAGCAGGACCUUAGGCCUAGCCCACAGCCUGUAGUGUGUGUUCAUGAGUCUGGUAUUCAACGAUUUAAAGAAGCUGAUCACAUAAAAGCCAUUAUAAAGAAUUUCAUUGAAAGCGAAAGUGAGAAAAUGAGGUUGAACAGUUUCAAUGGAAGUGAUAAUGGAAACAUUACUUUUCAGAAAGUGGCAAGUAAAGCAAAACAUACAAGAAAACGCCGGGAAACUACAGGACAAUGCCAGGUGUCUAUGGUGAGUGUGACCAUUGAGGAGCUGGGUCUUCUUCAGGUGGUGUAUCCAACUAUUCUCCAACUCAAAUUUUGUCUGGGCUCCUGCCACAUCCUUGAUCAUCCUACCAUCUUCUCUACCAAUGCACUCAUCAGGGCCAAGUUUAAGUUCCUUGGGAAGUCAAGCCAGGUACCAGCACCACAGUGCACACCCGUCCACUAUCAGUACAAGAACUUUUUUGUGUGGCAAGAUGGCUACCUAAAGAAGAUCCAAAUUAGUGACCUGGAUGCCAUUAGUUGUGGCUGUCGGUGAUUGGUUUCAACCAGUAUCAGUACAAUAUUGAAAUUAAUGCUGGUUUAGGAUUCAAGCUUUACUAACACUGAACAAUGUCCAAUUUGAAAAAGUUUAUAAUUUUAAUGAUACAGUAGUACAAUAUUCAUUAUAUUCCCACAUACAGUGGACCCCGGAUAUUGGCCAAGUUAGAUUUCAGCUGCUUUUUUGGCCGAAAUUCUAUCCAUCUAUGAUAUUUUCUUCAAAAUCAUAUAAGAAACACAUUACAUAGUAUAUAAAAACAUGCAAUGUUUAUAUGCAAUGUAUUUUUUUUUUUCAACAAGUCGGCCGUCUCCCACCGAGGCAGGGUGACCCAAAAAAGAAAGAAAAUCCCCAAAAAGAAAAUACAUUCAUCAUCAUUCAACACUUUCACCACACUCACACAUUAUCACUGUUUUUGUAGAGGUGCUCAGAAUACAACAGUUUAGAAGCAUAUACAUAUAAAGAUACACAACAUAUCCUUCCAAAUUGCCAAUAUCCCAAACCCCUCCUUUAACCCUUUGAGGGUUUUGGUCGUACUAGUACGUAAAUAACAAAAAGGCACAAUACCGUGACUGGAACAAUACACAAAUAACCCGCACAUAAAAGAGAGAAGCUUACGACGACGUUUCGGUCCGACUUGGACCAUUGACAAAGUCACACUAACAGAGGUGGAGCAGGACGGCUAUAUAUAGGCAGGAAGAGGUGGUAGUAGUAGUAGUAGUAGUAGUAGUAGUAGUACAAGAAUUGUAUAUAAUACCGACAGGAUGAAAUUAAGAGACAUGCACAACACCCGGGCAUCCCCAUCGUAGACGUUUCGCCAUCCAGCCAGCCACAGGAUGGCGAAACGUCCACAACAAAGACAGCCAGA